UUUACCCUUUGCAUGGAAGUGAAUUUUCUGGCGCGUGAGGUAUCUGACCUCUGCCUUGGGAAGCCACCGUUGAGGUCGCUCUCUGCUUCAGUCACCGUCGCGGAGGCCUUGGCCGCAAUUAAGAGCUCCGACGACAGCUUCAUAAGCGUGUGGAGAUGCGACCACUCGCGUGGAAUCGAAAACAAGGAACUGGGUUGUUGUGAAUGUGUUGGGAAACUGUGUAUGGUUGAUGUUAUUUGCUACCUUUGCAAAGAGGAGAGCCUCUUGUCUCCUUCCUCUGCUCUCAAAGCACCCGUUUCUUCAAUUCUACCUAAGGUUCCAAAUCUCGUUGUGCAUCUCGAACCUUCUUCAAGUUUGUUGGAAGCAAUUGAUCUCAUACUCCAAGGAGCACAGAAUCUUGUGGUGCCAAUAUUGCAAACAAAGAGGAGUGGCAUUUCAAGGAGAAAACAGCCUCAGAAGGCCUCUACAAUAAACAGCCAUAAUGGUCGUGAGUUUUGUUGGUUAACACAAGAGGAUGUGAUUCGGUUCUUGAUUGGUUCAAUUGGCCUAUUCACUCCACUACCUGCAAUUUCCAUUGAUGCUCUUGAGAUUAUAAACUCUGAUGUGCUUGCCAUUGAUUACUACUCCCCUGCAUCUUCUGCAAUCGGAGCAAUCUCAAAGUCCCUUAUUCAACAAACUUCUGUUGCUAUUGUUGAUAGUGAUGGUACUUUCAUUGGUGAGAUUUCACCCUUCACACUUGCUUGCUGUGAUGAGGCUGUUGCAGCUGCUAUCACCACUUUAUCUGCAGGGGACUUGAUGGCCUACAUUGAUUGUGGUGGUCCUCCAGAAGAUCUAGUGAGAGUUGUGAAGGCAAGGUUGAAGGAGAAAAAUUUGGAGAAAAUGUUACAAGAGUUUACAAUUUUGUCAUCUUUGGUCAGUGACACAUCAUCAGCAUUAUCAUUAUCUUCAUCUUCUUCUGAUGAGGAAUCAUCAAAAAGGACAAUGAUGAGAUCAGGAAGGUACACAAGGUCAUAUAGCUACUCAGCUAGGAUGGUGAGGAAGGCAGAAGCUAUAGUGUGUCAUCCCAAGAGUUCUUUGGUUGCUGUGAUGAUUCAGGCAAUUGCUCACAGAGUGAACUACUUGUGGGUUAUUGAGGAUGAUUGUAGCUUAGUUGGCAUUGUAACUUUUUCUAAUAUGUUGAAGGUGUUCAGAGAAAAUGUAGAGACUAUUUAGAUGACUAGGAAGCUGUGACAAAAGUUUUGGCUUUGGAUUCUCAUAGAGAAGCAUGAACUAAGGUCUAUGAACAUGAGCCUUCUGUUAUG